AUGAGUAGGAGUAGUGAAAAAAAUGGCAAAGUAAAGAAGCCAAUCGUUAGAUUUCAGGUCAUCCACUACUACUUAAUCCCAAUUAUCGCUUUGAUAGUAUGGUGGGGUAUGCUUAUAGCCAUGCUUGCAUGUUGGGGUGCCCAAGGUAGACCUAUCUACAAGUUUAUGAAUGGUGACUACCAAAACCCAGUCUACCUUUCCGAUAUCGGUGCUACAAAUUUGCAACCAUUGUUCAUCUCAUGUGCCGGAUUCCAAGGUAUAUUCUUUGUGGGUACUUUGGUUGUGGGAAUGUAUUUGAGGAAAAAACACAAGAUUCAACCAUAUAUCUCACACCAUCAACCAAGAUUGGCGAUUGCAAGUAUCAUUAUGGCAACCAUUGGACAAUUGGGUAUCCUCUUUGUCUCCAUCUUCAAUACCAAAAACUUCCACUCGGUGCACAUGUCCAUGGUUGGUAUCUUUAUUGCCUUUUGCUUUUUCGCAUGCUGUUGCGAUUUCGGAAUCACCUAUAUCUUUGGUACCAGGGGCGACCAAUUAGAUCCCGUACACAGAACGACAGUGUUUGGCACAUCGCGCCGUGGUAACUUGUACUAUAUCGGUUUCUGGGCCAAGAUUAUCUGGAUCCUUGCUGCAAUCUGUUUUGCAGCAGCGUUUGGUUACUAUAUGAAUACGGGAAACGACUCGAGAUCAGCAAGAUUUGAGUGGACCAUAUGUUUCUGGUAUGGUUUAUUGUUGGUGCUUUGGUCAGUCGACUUGAUCCCAAGUGCUGUACGGAAAUAUAGAGCAAGACACCCUGAAAUUUAUCAAACAAACGAAUUGGAUUAUGAGCAACAGGUGGGCGCCAAGUGGGAAGAACAAAUGGGCCAUCAAGACAUAUUGGGAGGUGCAGCAGAUGCAGCAGAUGGCAAUGAUUCGUACACAUAUGUAAACUCGCCAGUGAUGCAGAACCAGCCAAUUAUGCAAAAUCAGCAGUUGGCAAACCAACACUUUGCUAGUCAGCAACAACAUUUCCAACGAGAAGCACCAGUAUCUUACCCAGCUCAAGCACACACUACAGCAAACACAGCAAACAUUGCAAGCACAACUAAUCCUGCACAGUUGACAUCACAGCAACUCAAUUACCCGCAACCAACUGAACCCGUUGCUCGGUAUUAG